AUGGACGUUUUAAACACCUUAUCCAGAGAACAAGCGAUCAUCAACGACGUUGCCAGCGGAGUGCAGGAUCAGCGUAUCGUUCUGGAUGGUCCUGAUGAUUUCUCCGGGGCCGUCACCACCGACCGUCCUGAUCAUGACUUUCCCGGCGGUAGCGGGCAACGUUUGCCGGGUGAAAGGGUCGAUAGCCUCGCACUCUGGCCCGAUCACAGCGGACAACAGAAGGUUGGAACCGAAAGGGCCGAGAGCAUGGAGUAUAUCCACGAAGUCACACGAGUUGAAAGCUGGCAAGAUCUCCGCAUCGGCAUGGCUCCCUUUAUCGUGAUGUGA